CUCAAAUCCAAGAUGGCGGACGACAGUAAAUCGGUGAGUUCCGAAGCAAUAUUGUUUUUUGACUUUUUUCUUGGAAUUUUUUGCAUUUGUAGUAGAGCAUAAUUUGUUAUAGUUUUUUUCCGGGUAAUAGUCGGAAGAGUUUAUUCGUAAUUUAAAAAAACACCUCUUUAAGUCGAAGCUACAACUUGUUGGGCUUGUAGGACUGUCAACUGACUGGAAAGUUUUCACCUCCUCUCUUGGUUGCCACAAGUUUUUCUUGGAAUCCUCAAAACCGUUUUGACCAUUAUCCUGUUAGCUACAGUAUUUCAAACGUCUUGUAAGCUUGUUCUCAAGUGCACACUUACAAUAUUUCAGGGCUGUGCUGUCAAACCCCAACGUCUUCAAAUGUUGAGAAUUGAUAGGAUGAUACACAACUGUAGAUGACGUCAUAACGCAUGGUAUAUGACAUCAUUUGUGUAAAAAAAUACUCAUUGACCCGGUUGUCACAAAUUUGCGAUGACACAAAGUGCAUGAAAAAGAUGUUGUUGGCAUUGUUACAUUUGAGCUGAUUGGUUUACUUUUUACCAAUCACAUUAUUAUUACAAUGGCGUGUCAGGGUGUACAAGAAAACGUUCAGUGUUUACAUUAAAAUAGCUCAAACAAUGCAAAAUAUUUGAAAUUCAGCCUGUGAACAGAGAGCCUGGCUAUUUGAAAUUUUAUUGUCGGAAAGUCUACCAAAGAAAUGGCAAACAUCGGGGAUUAUCUGGGAGAUUUCAUACUCUAAUCUGGAGACCAGGAGAUACAGUCCAAAAUCUGGAAUCUCCCGGAUUAUCCAGGAGAGUUGACAGCACUGAUAAUUGGAUGCUAUUUGAACUUUAAAAUGUAGCACAUGUACAUGUACUUCACUGUUAUUAUUACUAGCAUCAAUCUUUUUUUGCUGUGUUGAAAGGGAAUUACUGUUCAGGGAUGGAACUAGAUGGCCUUAAUGCAGAGAUGCCAACCUCUGGAACUCUAAAGUCUAGAGAAUGUUUCUUUUGCAGUACCACCCCCCGCCUCCCCCCACCUAAUUAGUAACCUACUCUUCACCGGAUUCACUCAUAAAUCAACCCAGUCAUGACAUCUGUCAACAGUUGCCUCCAUUUCAGUGAUGACGAUGCACGAAUAUGCUGCUAACUUUAAAAUAAAAUAAGUUUUGGAUUUUGAGAAAAUCAUGGGCUAAAUUCCAUACAAUACAGUACAAUCAAACUCAAAAGAUAUUUUUAUCCAGGAGAGAUUUCUGAAAACUCACAGCUAAUAUUGGAGAGUUGGCUUGUCUCAAUAGGGUGAUGACAUGUAACAUUUAGAUAUUGUACAGCAACCACUUAAUUUCUUUCUGUUACAUUUCGUUGACAUUUGAUUUGUAUUGUUUUUUGUCUAAAUACCUUAAAAACAAGGAAGGAACAGAGGAUGGCAUCAAAUCUCAUCUUGAAGAAACAGCAGAUGAGUUUUUGAUCAGACCAGUAAGUGGUAAAAAUGAUAAUUUUAACACAGUAUAUGGUUAACGAUUCCAGCUGUUGUUUGGGAAAUGAGCCUGUGAAUACAUUAAACAGGACUUUUCCAGCAAGUUUAAAUCUUGAACAUCCUUCUGCAUUAUAUGGAACCUGUCCCUCUGGUUGCUAAAAGGGUUUAAAAAAAGACAUUAAAAUACGCCAUAAUUUUCUUCAAUCUGCCGAUGGUACAUCUGUAGCAAAGACAGCACUUACAAAGAUCAUGCUAAUAGUUUUUCUUUAUUUCUUGUCAGGCUUUUGUUGAGCAUGUAAAUAUUGAAGGUUAUUGGAGAACAAAGAAGGAUAUUUUAGUUCCUGGAAUCAAACGAAUCCUAGAGGCCACUAAUUUCCGUGAGGUAUUAAAUUUAAUGAUACUCUAAGCAGAAUACUGUUCUCAUGAACUUCAAGAUAAAUAUGAAUUCACAUAAAAGUAGUGUCAGAGUUGAUUAUGGCAUUUUUUUUAAACCAUUUCUCAUAUUUGCUUUUGCCAUGGUCACAAUUGCAAUUUCUGUGUAACCAUCAUUUUAUGCUUCGACUUCACUUCUCACCAAUUUGAACUCUACCCCUCUUUUACAUGUAGCCUACUAUGCUCCCCCUGUACCUCUAGCUUUCCCACUGUAACUUAUCUACCGGGCGACUGGACAAACAGACUGGAAGGAUGGACGGAGUGACUAGACAGACCAGCCACGGUGAAAAUAAUCCUUUAAAACUUACGUAAUUUUUGAAUUAUAUUUCCUAGCAUCUUUGCAAAAUGUUUGCACUAAAUAUAUAAUUAUAUUAUAACUUUUUCAGCUUAUAGCACUUGCUUUUGAGGCAAAAGAGAACCUAAAGAAUCUUGGAGUCUUUAAUGAAAUUGAUUUAAUGAUUGACACAAGCUCAGGUGAAGAAUUGAGGACUUCUGCAUUAUAUUUUGUUUUCUUAAAAGAGGUAUUUCAGCUUGAUGGUUGUCUAUGAAAAAGUUACUUUCUUCAUUAUAAGUACUCUAGAGUUCUUAUGUUUUUAAACAGUACACAACCAUCAAAAAAUUUAAUAUUGCGUUUAUGUGACACUGAAAAUAACAAAUAUGAAAUUUUUUGCAAAAAAGGAGUGAACUUUUGUAGCGAGAAAUUUUCAUUUGUUUAGCUUGUAAUUUUUAAAUAUUUCAUUUCAUUAUAUUGACUUUUUCUUGUGAGCAUCAUUCACUAGAGGGAGAAGGAGAAGUUUGAGAUGCCUUGAAGCUGCUGUCCCAUUUACAAAAUUAAAUAAAUAUCUCUCCACCUGGUAUCUUUAUAGUAAUGUUACAGGAUGCCCUAAGGGUGUCCCAUCUCCACACAAUGUAUCUAACAUUCCAAUUAAAUGGCAGAUAUAUCUCAAACCCAUUUCAAAUUCAAAGGUUGUAGAACUGGAUAUCUAAAUACACUGACCAUUUUUUGAAAAUCUGAACUCUCAUAUAUUUUUUUUUUUUUGUAAUUUUUAAAUGUAAGUGUCCUAAACAGCCCUUGAAAGCUAAAACUCAAAGCAUUGUUCCCGACGUCAAGCACUUAUUGAAAAAAUUGCAAUAGGGAUAAUGAUUUGUGAAGUAAUAAUUAUAAUUUUGUUGAAGGCCCUUCUGCACGUCCUAAUGGGUAUGAUGUCACAUUUCAAGUCCAAGAAAAGAGAUUUCUAACCAGCAGCUCAGGAACACAAAUUGGUAACAAUGAAGGAAACAUGGUAGGCAUAAAAAUAAAAUAAAUACACUGUAUUUAUAAUGUUGUUAAAUUGGAGUGGCAUGCAUUUUAUGCAUCCCGUUGGUGGACAGGUAUGACAGUUUUUUCUUUCUUAGAAUUUGUAGUGGCAUGCCACAUAGUGACUCUUAGUAGGAUCUUUGUAGAGGGAAUCUGUGAAGAAGGACAAAAAACCCCUUAGACCUCACUUGUGCAAGGAUGAGGGUCAAUCUUGCAGAUAUUAACAGAGACUACAUGGCUAAAAUUGGUCUAAUUUUUAACAUUAGAAUAAAGUAAAAUUUUCAGUAAAGAAAGGUUAGGUUUUCUAAAUCCGAUGAAAUAUUCUAAAAUAAGUCACCAGUUAUCUGUUUAUCCGCUGAUAUCCAACAUCUGAUUUGGUAACGUACAUGUAAAUUGUACUUUAAGGGAACAGUGGGUUGUAACAUGACAUGUCUUAAUAAUUAUUUGCAGUUGUUUGGAAUGCAGCUCAACAAUGUUUUUGGCAGAGCAGAACAGGUGAAGGCAGAUCUGUCAUUUGGUACNAGUUAUCUGUUUAUCCGCUGAUAUCCAACAUCUGAUUUGGUAACGUACAUGUAAAUUGUACUUUAAGGGAACAGUGGGUUGUAACAUGACAUGUCUUAAUAAUUAUUUGCAGUUGUUUGGAAUGCAGCUCAACAAUGUUUUUGGCAGAGCAGAACAGGUGAAGGCAGAUCUGUCAUUUGGUACAAGAACAAGGAUGUCUUAUCAAGUGAGCAUAUGAAUAUUUUAUUUCAAUAAUACUUCUGUUGUCUAAACUUUUUGAGAGACACAACACUGCUGUGUACGUCAUUACCUACUUUGUACACCUAAGUUAUUCUGAGAAUUAAAAAAGACAACUUCUCCAUUGGAGUACUAAACCUUGAGAAGGAAGUUUUGAUUAAAGGAGUCUAUGUAUCCCACACAAUGUCAUAUCCCGCAUGUAACAUGCAGCUUAAAUAACACUGAUAAUAAUGUAUUGUUAAGCAGUCUAUCGUAAAACUAAAUCUGAACUUUCCUUCUUUCAGCUGUCAUUCUUUAAGCCUGCUCCAGGGAAACCAGAAAAAAGGUAUGUCCUUUUCUGUUUGUUUGUGUGAAACAAACACAGUUGAAUUUUACCCUUAUGGACAUCAAUGCAGACACACACAAGAGUCAGGAAAAGACACCUCAUUUAUUUGAUAGCUACAGCUCACUGUAUGGUCGGGAUAAACAACAACAACAACAACAAAAACAAAAUAAAAACACUUUCCAUACAUGACACUGUCCAACAAAUUACUGUACAAGUACCUUGUAAUUUGCAAUAUAAAACAAAUAUUCUGUUAGAAAAUUAAGACGUGAUUUUCUUGAUUAGCAGGCACUGGAAAUACUAUUCUUAAAAUUGGAAUCAGUUUGCAAAAUCCCAAAAUAAUUUCACAGCUGAAUUCUGAAUGACUUUGUAAUUACAGACUUCUGCUCCGACGAUUUCUUUGAAAUUUGGCCGGCAUACUUUUUAUAUUACUAAAAGCUGAUCGGUAAAAAAAAAUCAGGAAUAUUUUUCAUUAGCUGAAAUUUUCUUUAAAAAGUAGGGUCCACUAAAGUGCUAAUUUUGUUAAAGGAAAACUACUAGUAAAACCGAAAAGUUAUGACACAAAGUUUGUCAUCGUGCAUUACACCUGUUAAAAAAACAAAGCCACCUUUUGUUUAAAAUUCUAGGAAGUGACUGAGUUUCUUCCGACUCAGAAUAAUUUUAACAAAAAAAUGUUUUUUAGUUUCACUUUUGCAGCCCAAAAAUCAACAACAGAUGUACCAAUGUGUUCUUACCAAGAGGCAACUCAAGGACUUGUCAUGGAUUUUCAGGUAACUUGUAACCACCAGAACCAGCAGAAAUUUAAUAGUCUUCUUUUUCCCAUCUUGUUCACAUGGUAGGGAGCUAAGCAUAAAUUCCUCGCCAUUUUUUUCUGCUCUUUUCUCUUUGUGCUAUCCCAACUGUACAAAUGCCCAAAAAGAACGCCUAGAAGCUUGUGUACAGCAUCUUCACCAUCUGCAUUCCUUUUCCUUCAAAAAUUGUCUUGUAAAAAGUGUUACAUGUAUGUGGGUCUAGUAGCCCGAAGCUCUCUGCCUUGGAAUGGUUCCAGUGUUGUUGAUUUGAAGAAUGCUGUAAAAAAAGGAGAAAACACAGGGGGACUCAAAUGAUAUUUUUCUUUUUAUUUCAGUUUCCUUCUGUCAUUGGACAGCACUCUUUUUCAUGGGAAGGAAUGUGGCGUGAGGUAACAGAGUUGUCUAAAAAUGCUUCCUUUGCUGUUCGGGAACAAGCUGGUCAUUCACUGAAGAGUUCACUCAAGGUAAUAACUUGUUUUUAUUGAAGCGGUGUAACAGGGGCUGGGGGUUAUAUUUCUUACAACUUUUAUUUUCACAUGUGCCUUGGUUGUCUCCAAUCGGCAACAAACUUAGUUGAGACACUUAGCCCUUAAGAGCCUCUCUGGCAUUUUGCCAACUUAAAAAAAAAAAGAAAAUAAAGCUUUCUAUUCCCUACGCCCUCCAUGCAAUGUUGUGCUGCUGUUCCAGCUACCUUUAGAAAACAACAGACACCCCAGCUUUGAAUGCAGGGAGGAGGGGAUGGGUUUGGGUUGUUUUGUUCUCCCAAGUUACCACAUUUGAGGAGAGUGUCUCGACAAUCCUUUAUAUGGGGUCAGUUUUCUUUCUGUCGUCUUCUAGGCGACAACUGGAAGUAAGUAAGUAAGUAGUAACGUAAGUAUAAAACAAAGCAAAAGAAAUGGAAUUCACUAAGAAUAAGAUUGAACCAAUUAUUUGCUUACAUUUUUUUCAGCACACAGUUGUAAUGGACAAAAGGGAUAACUUAACUUUUCCAACUGAAGGGUAUUUUCUAAAACUCUCUCAGGUUUGUGCAAUGCUUAUAUAUUUCUUAAGGUUCUCAAACAUGUAGGUAAAGUGCAAGGGGAGUAAGGGUGGCGCAGUGCUGAGAACACUUGCCUCCCAUCAGUGUGGUCCAUGUUCAAAUCCCGAUGUUGACGCCUUAUGUGGGUUGAGUUUGUUGUUGGUUCUCAGUCCUUUGCUCUGAGACGUUUUUCCCUGGGUACUCGGGUUUUCCACUCUUCUCAACUAACCAAUAUUUCCAAAUUCCAAUUGGACCAGGAAUCAGGUAGACGAAGGACCACUUAGUGGAUGUGUUACCUCUAAUUCGUUAAUUAUUGAUUAUUUAUUUAUUUAAGUGCAUUGUAAAUUGUAACUUGUAACUUGUUUACCCACGGACCACUUAGAAGUUCUUUUAAGAACGUGUCUGUACUUUCCAGACCAAAUUGGAGUUUGAAAGUGUUGGUUUUUGAGGUGCAUGGAAAACCAGAGUACCUGGAGAAAAGCUUCUUGGAGUGAGGGUCUGAGAACCAACAACAAGCAAUGUAUAGUCAUGUAUGGAGUCAGUGCCGGGAUUUGAAGCCAGGCAACAUUGGUGGGAAGCGGGGGAUGCUCUCACCACUGUGCCAUUUUUGCUCAUUUGAAAGUGCAGUCAGUAUAGCAUUCAUCUCUAAUUCUCCAUUUUCAAUUUCACCUUUCAGGAAUUAGCUGGAUUAGGAGGGGAUGUAAGGUUCUUUAAAAACAGCUUGGAAUACCAACAAAAUGUGGAAGUUCUCAAAGAUGUGGUAAGUGUGGGCUGUUUUGCCAAACGACGAUCUUGUGCGAUAUGUUAAAAGGGCUUCAAAGAGACUAUGUCAAGGCUAAAUACAAUUUUGUAGGCUCGUUCAAGAAGCCAACUGCACAAUGACUGCCAGUUGACACCCAGUCCCAUUUGUUCAAACUGUGGAUAGUACUUUCCUCCGGAUAAAUUACUUAUCUUAACUCCCCCACCCCCACCCCCCAGUAAAAGGCUCAUUUACCCUGCAAAUAAUAGAAAAAAACGUCCGAUUUUAACCCCCUCCGUUAUACAAGCCCCCCAUCCAAAUAUAUUGAAAAGAAUUCGACUUAUUACGACGUUUUAACCCUUCAUUAAAAACCAGUAAAUGUAAAAGCUAUUUUGAUAAGCACUGUUGUAGCUUGUUUCGAAAUGCCUUUUUUAUUUCGUGUUAAGCACCCGCGGAUAUAAGCCCUUAACCCGCGGAUAUAAGCCCUUAACCCGCGGAUAUAAGCCCUUAUAAGCCCUUACCCGUUUAUAAGCCCUCCUAAAACCCCUUACGAAGAUGAAUACCCCCAGGGCUUAUCAGCGGCAGUUUACGGUUUGUAUAUCUAACUAUUGGUUUUGGGAGAAAAUGUUCUCCUUUGUGAGAGAUUUGAGCUACUUAGAGGCCAAUAUUGUUUUGUUUCUGAAAUAAAAGAGGGAGAAAUCCUCGCGAUAUAGGAUCCUGUUUUUCAUUGGUGUAGUUCAAGGUUAAGGUUAAAGCCCAGUGUUUGUUUUGUAUUGCGUAGAUAUUAUCCUGGACUUUUCAAGGUGGAAAUCUCCGUCCACUGUUUGGUGCGCCUUCUCUAAUAAAUGACAGGUUAGUUUACUGCAUUUUCCUCUGCACCCGUGUUUCUGACCAGUCCAAACCCUAAGACCAGCAUGCGUACUUUCAAAGGUCCACAUUACGCAUGGAUUGAUUUAUUCCAUAGGUUCACCACGACAACUAUAGUUUGUUGCUACGACCACUCACAUGCGCUAAAGGUUUUUUUUUUUUUGCAUCCGCAAAAAGGUAGUUGUUGGUAUUAACUUUGUUCGGAAAUCAUGUCCGACCACAGUAAAUGCUGAAUUGCUGGUAUACUUGAACAAUCAGAACCUUUGUUUACUUGCUGAUCAUUUGCUUCAUUCUCACGACCUUUAUGAUACAUCAAGCAGUGUUAUUGUAAGGAGUAACUGGCUUUUCCCACUCUUUAUAACGGACAGUUGACCCCGCCAACCACUUUGUUAAUGCGGCCACUUUUCUGUUGCCCGAAAAAAGUCAUUCAUUUCUUUUUUCGACGAAAUACCACCUUCUGGAGUAAUCAUUUGUUAUUUCUUUCACGAUUCAAAUGCCUCGUGAGGAUAAGUAGAGCAAUCAACUUGACUGACAAACAUAAAAGCUAAUUAAGUCGUCCAAACGGCAUAAAUGACAGUUUAUAGCAGGCACAUUGAUAAUCAGAAUCAAAUUUUAUUUACCAUGACGUCAUUAUAAAAUGCUUAGUAUCACAGUGUGCUACUUUCCCUUUAGCCGGGGACCAGGUUCUUCGGUGGGGAAAAGCUAAAGAAAGUGGUAAAUAGCGCAAAGCGAGCCGAGCGGGAGACUGAAAAGUGGGAAGGGCGGAGACAUGUUCCGGGCCUGCCUUUUCCCUGCCCCUCCUCAGCCCCCCGCGCGGUUUGCCUCUUUCUUCGCUUUCACUUCGUUAUUUUGUUCCUUUCCCCCCGCCCCACCUCCUCCCCUAGGGGAGCCUGGUUUCAGGUUACUUCGCGGUUAAAACGACCACUCCUCCCUCUCCUGCAGGGACCACCCCCGUUAUACAACCUCGUUUGGUUUCACGGCAAAUAAGAAAGGGAAGCCAUGGUCCUCUUUACUUCAUUUCUGUUCUUUCUCCAUUUCCCUACAGAUUUUUUCUCGGUGGUCCAUUGUCCGUGAGAGGUUUUAACUUUAAAGGGAUUGGGCCGAGAAGUGGUGGUAAGAUUCAAGUUAGAGUUUUUAAAAUUAGAACUAAGUUUGUUUGCCCCACCCCGCUCACUAACCAUUCCUCCUACAAACAGUUUGUCUUUUUUCUCAUACUCCACGUAUAGUCCUUCUGACAAAACAUGUCUCCAGGGACUGCACGCUUUUCAUCAUGGUAAUGUUUAUGUGAAACUCUUUUUCUAGUGGUCCAUAUUGUGUAUUCGUGCAGCUUUGUGUUAUCUGAACGUUCUUCUUGGUCUGAUUAUUUUAUUUCCAAGAUGAUUCGCUGGGCGCGGAUACUUACUGGGCAGCAGGCCUCCAUCUGUACACUCCUUUACCGUUUAGGCCUGGACGAGGUGGCCUGGGUGACCGUAUCAAGACGCAUUUGUUUCUUAACAGUGGCAAUCUGAUCUCAUUAAACACAAGUAUGUUAUGGAUUUUAUUGAGUAGAAGUGUAUGCAGUGUUAUGUUAUGUCAUAGUAUAAAGGUGUGGCCAGUCUCAGUAGGUACGUGGUGUAUCUUGGUGUAUGGGUUUUUUAGUCUAUAGGCGAAAUUCUUUGUGCCAUUGUGAUUCACGUCACGUGGUCAGGCCGAGUGAAGUAGUGAGGCCCCGUUUCAGAUGCGUCAUCAAACUGGGAAAGUGCUCUAAGAGACUAGACGAAUGUAUGGGAAUAUAUAUUGUACUCAUGCCUAGUGUAUUAUACUGAUACAACUUUAUUCACCAUAUCAUAUGAUACUUUAUUUCUCGAUACAAUUUGUGUUCGCAUGACGUAGCUAUUUGAUACACCCUUGCUCAUGUUUUUACUCGUAAAAAGAGUUAUCCCUCCCCUGACUGGAGUUCUUGAGCUGAAUCGCCACUUUUAGGUUUGAUGAAAUGCACAGUAAUUGCUGUUUUUGUUUAUUUAGAGAAAAUCAAACUUUCUUUUCAGACGUUCCCUGGCGGAACAGACUUUAUGCGUUAAGAGAAAAAGUCCGCUGGUCAUGUGGAGCCGGGCUUGUGUUUUUGUUGGGGAUCGCAAGAAUAGAAUUAAAUUAUUGUAUUCCAUUUGGUGCUCAAAGUUCAGACAGGUAUUGACGCAAUUUAAUUCCUUUGUGUCUAUUUUACUUAAGAUUUUCCUGGUAGUAAGCUUAUUUGAGAGUUUUUUUAAUACCAAAUCAUGUAUUAAUAAGUGCAUAUUUUUUUUCAGUGUAAAUCAUGGAAUUCAAGUUGGAGUUGGAAUCAACUUCCUUUAAAGAACCCUUUAUCUUUUAAGAACAUUAGACACUUAACACUGUCUAUGUCUAACUGCGUCACUAGCAAUAGCCUGCGAACAGGCUCUUUCGGAGGCUUUGGAGGUGGGAAAUGGAGCACUUUUUCUCCCCCACCCUCACAGCCCCCUAAAGAGCCUGCUCGCAGGCUACGCUAGCAACCAGGCACAAGAUUUAUUUUUGCAUCUGUUAUAAGUGAAACUGUGGAACUAAACCAAGAAUCACCCUGAUAACAUGGUGCCAAAGGUCGCGGAAGUGUUUAGAAGGGAAAAAAAAAACAACUUCUAAACUGUUGUAACAAAUUUUAAAGGAACAACGAUACCUAUGUAGUGCUACGCGCACUGAUCACAGGACACUAACGUCAUUCCAAAUAAUAAAUAAUGGCCAGG